GUUAUGCACGCAUGGUAAAGCAUGACCGCCAAGGUUCCCUGGAAGCUUGUGUGUCCCACAGUCCCUCUCUCCAAUGGUCUUGAGAUUCCAAUUCUGGGUUUGGGAACAUCGCAUCACGGCGGCUAUUCACACAGAGCUGUGGUGUACGCACUGCAGGAAUGUGGGAUUCGCCACAUCGACACGGCAAAGCGGUACGGCUGUGAGUCCCAGCUGGCAGAGGCGAUCCAGGAGAGUGGGGUGCAGCGAGAGGAGCUCUGGCUCACCACCAAACUGUGGCCCGGUGACUACGGCUACCAGACUGCCAAGCAAGCCUGCCUGGACUCCUGCAGGAGGCUGGGGGUGAAGUACCUAGACCUAUACUUGAUGCACUGGCCUGACUGCAUAUCUCCUGGGAGAUCCAACAGGGAGGUGCGGGCAGAGACGUGGAGGGCACUGGAGGAGUUGCACGACAAAGGAGUGUGCCGUGCCAUUGGGGUGAGCAAUUUCCUUAUCCAGCACCUGGAAGAGCUAAAGGAAGAUUGCAGCAUCGUCCCUCAUGUUAAUCAGGCGGAGUAUCACCCCUUCCAGCGGCCACAGGAGCUGGUGGACUACUGUCAGCAGCAGGGCAUUGUGUUCGAGGGCUACUGUCCUCUGGCCAAAGGAGAUGCUCUCACACAUCCCACCAUCAUCCAGCUGGCAAACAAGCAUGGCCGCACCCCCUCCCAGAUCUGCAUCCGCUGGAGCAUACAGAAUGGAGUGGUCACAAUUCCCAAGUCAACCAAAGAGAAAAGGAUCUUGGAGAACUGUCAAGUAUUUGGGUUCUCACUCCCAGAAGAAGAUAUGAAUUUGAUCAGCAGGCUGGAUGUUAACAGGAAGAUGGUUCAUCUCAGCUGCCCAUUUUGGAAAGGAUAAAGCUGCUACACAGGGGAACCUGGACAUCCUCAGUUCUCGUGAGGUGACCAAAAAAAAGAAAGGAGUAUUUUGUGGAGGAUACCAGAUUUGUAUAUUAAUGGUUUUUUUUAUGGACAUGGCUGACUUGUUUUGCCAUUUGAGUGAUGAGGUGCCCAAGGAACUGGAAUAAUGGAAGUCACCCAUUUCCCUCGCACUGGAAAGCACAACAUAUUGAACUCUUCCCCCCCCGGGGCAUCAACUGGGUAAAUAAGCGCUAGACCUUGAGAUACCGCAGCACGCUUGUGAUUAAUGAGCAGAUGAGGGUGGACGGUUUGGAGGAGCCCCAUUGUGUGUAUACGUGUUCUUUGUUGUGGGGGUUCAGACAGCUCACCUCAGCUUUUGUGUCUGAUUUCAUGCAUUAAGGGAACCUAGUUCUACAAAUAAUGUUGAAAUUAAACUGAAGUUAAAACAGCAAGCUCAGGUGGUAGGGGUUAAAGGUUUGGAUGGAGCAUCUGAAACUGCUGGUUAAGAAGGCCUCUGCCAUCUUGGAAUGGCAGUGCUUGGCUACAGCCUUGUCCUGCUUUGCAGGGUUUGCGGUCUGGGGUCCACAGCCCCAGCAGACCUCUCGUGCUCCUGUCUCUCACAUCUUCAUCAGUGCCCCUGAAUGGGCACUGUCACAGACAUGAAGACGCCCUCAAACUGUUCCGUUACCAUUUCCUUUGCCAGCCGCUAAUUUGUAAAUUGAAACUGAAAUGGCACCCAAAUGUCCAGCUUUCCAGCGAGCCCUAAUCACUCUAUUACAGGCAGAACGAGGAACAAGCUUAAUGCACUUCAGAAACGGCAGCCCUCCUGCCUCUCAGUUGAACUUUGGCCCCACAGCAUGUUUUCCCUCUUUAUUUUAUUAGUUCAAAAGAAUAUUAGUUAAUCAUUUGCCAAUCUGUAUAGUCUAACAAAAUACGUUUUGCACUUACAUCUCUGGAUAAACUUGUUUCAGAUGCAAGUCUUGGUUUCCUGCUUGGUCCAUUCAUGCUGAAGUGCUUUUCCAUGUAUUAUGCUGCCAUUAAAUUUUACUUAAAAGGCAAUUCUGGGUUGUGUUUUAAU